UCAAAAUCUAAAACAACACCUUCAAAAUCAAAGCUUCAGUCUUUUUCUGUAUUCAUUCAAUCUUUCUUGAUAAAGCUUUGUUUUUUUCUUUCUGUUUUAGUCAAAUCGAAUCAACAGUCAUGGCUGCUGGGUUCUCAAGAUCAUCUCUGAUUCUUCUUCUACUCUUCUCUCUUGUUUUCACCAUAUCAGAAGCUAAAGAAAUAUUAGUUGGAGGCAAUUCAGAUUCAUGGUCAAUCCCAACUUCUAAUGAAACCCAACUCAAUCAAUGGGCUGGUAAAACCCGUUUUCGCAUUGGAGACACGCUUGUGUGGAAGUAUGAUGGUGAGAAAGAUUCAGUGUUGGAAGUGAGUAAAGAAGAUUACGAGACUUGUAAUACUGGAGAAGCCAUUAAAGAACACAAGGAUGGUAACACUAAGGUGAGUUUGGAAAGAGCAGGUCCAUUCUACUUCAUUAGCGGAGCCAAAGGACAUUGUCAGAAGGGACAGAAGCUUAUCGUGGUCGUGCUUUCACCAAGAAGAAGCAGAUUCUUUGGUGUUUCUCCGGCUCCUUCUCCGGCUGAAAUCGAUGGUCCGGCUGUUGCUCCGACCAGCGCCGCCACUUCCAGCUUCGGAAGAAGAAGUGGUCUUCUUGUUGUUCUGGCUUUUGGAGUAGUGUUGGCAUUGUUUUGAAAUAAUUUUUGUUUUUUUUUUAAUUAUUUUUAUUAUUUAUUUUAUUCAUUUUAUUAUUGUUCUGGCUUUUGGAGUAGUGUUGACAUCUUAAAAUGUGUAAUCCAAAUUAUUAAUUAAGAUAAUUAAAUGAUUACAUUUUAUUA